AUGAAAUUAAGAGGGAAAAAUGGGAAAGAAUUAGUCGUGAGAAACCGUGGCUUAGGAAAGAAGAAGCCUCUUGUGUCUAUGUUUGACCCCAUUAUGGAUGAUAUGAGAUUAGAAUUUCAAUUUGUUCAGCUUAAACAAAAGAAAAAGUUGAAGAUGAUGUCCACUUACCUACAACUCGCGCAGCAGCAUACGUUAGGAUUGAUGCGAUAA